AUGGGCAGGGGUAAGGGGAAGAGUCAGGGUAAGGGGCAAGGUAAGGGGCAGGGUAAGGGUCAGGGUAAGGGUCAGGGUAAGGGGCAGGGUAAGGGGCAGGGUAAGGGUCAGGGGCAGGGUAAGGGUCAGGGUAAGGGACAGGGGCAGGGUAAGGGUCAGGGUCAGAGUAAGGGUCAGGGUAAGGGACAGGGUCAGGGUAAGGGUCAGGGGCAGGGUAAGGGUCAGGGUAAGGGACAGGGUAAGGGUCAGGGUAAGGGUCAGGGUAAGGGACAGGGUAAGGGUCAGGGUAAGGGUCAGGGUCAGAGUCAGGGGCAGGGUAAGGGACAGGGUCAGGGUAAGGGGUCAGGUCAGGGGCAGGGUAAGGGUCAGGGUAAGGGUCAGGGUAAGGGGCAGGGUAAGGGACAGGGGCAGGGUAAGGGUCAGGGACAGGGGCAGGGUCAGGGUCAGGGUCAGGGACAGGGUCAGGGUAAGGGACAGGGUCAGGGUCAGAGUCAGGGGCAGGGUAAGGGUCAGGGUAAGGGUCAGGGUUGGGGGCAGGGUAAGGGACAGGGUAAGGGUCAGGGUAAGGGG